CCUCCUUUGAAGGCAUUCCCAUAUCAAUCCUCCCCAGAAGCAUCUGCAGGCAGACCAUCAAAUAUUACAACAUCACCUUCGACCAAAUACCUCGAAACAAUGGCAGGAACCUUUCCGCGAAGCGAACGGAUCGAGCCGGGCUCAGUCAACCUCCCACCCCGCGAGUAUCCCCCAUCUGUUCGCUCAACAUCGGUAGAUGCGGGGAAGGCCGCGACAGAUGUCAUCAACGCCUUCAACGCUGCCCUGAACUCCAAGGACUACAACAAGCUCGCACAACUCUUCGUCGCUGACGGCUACUGGAGGGACCACCUAGCGCUAUCAUGGGACCUCCGCACCCUCAAGGGUAGGGAGAAGAUCCAGAGCUUCCUCAGCGAGGCGUGCCGGCUCAAGGAGGUGCAAAUCGAUACAUCCACGGCCUACAGAGCACCUCACUUUGCGCCGCUCGAUGCUCAUGGCAAGGUCCAAUGCCUGCAAUACUUCAUCAAGGUCAAGACGGAUGUCGGACCUGGCGAGGGUGUCGUGCGCAUGGUUGAGUCUGGCGAUAAGUGGGAGAUCUUUACAUUCUUUACGACCCUGCGCGAAAUCGCGGGUCAUGAAGAGCCUACUCGGCACCGACGAGAGAAGGGUGUUGACCACGUCCAGAAGCGAGAAAGCAAGAAUUGGAAGGAGAAGAGAGAAGAUAGCGUCAACUACGUUGAUAGCGAGCCUACGGUGGUGAUUGUCGGUGCCGGCCAAGCUGGUCUCACGAUCGCCGCUCGGCUGAAGAUGCUCAAAGUCAAUGCCCUUGUUGUAGACAAGCAUCAGCGCAUCGGUGACUCUUGGCGCAAGCGAUAUCACCAACUUGUCCUCCACGACCCAGUUUGGUACGAUCACCUACCGUAUAUCAACUUCCCAAGUCACUGGCCCGUAUUCACGCCCAAGGAUAAGAUGGGAGACUUCUUCGAGGCGUACGCCAGCCUUCUCGAGCUCAACGUCUGGAUGUCAACAACCCUCACAAAGUCGUCGUGGGAUGAUUCAAAGAGGCAGUGGACCGUCACUCUGGACAGGCAAAAGCCCGACGGAUCCAAGGAAACUCGGACUUUGCACCCUCGCCACGUCAUCCAGGCGACGGGCCACUCUGGCAAGAUGUUCUUCCCUAGUAUCAAGGGCAUGGACAAAUUCAAGGGAGAUCGCCUCUGUCACAGCUCUGAGUUCCCGGGCGCCAGGCCUAACUCAAAGGGCAAGAAGGCUAUCGUCGUUGGUUCGUGCAACUCGGGUCACGACAUUGCACAGGAUUUCUAUGAACAAGGAUACGAUGUCACCAUGGUACAGCGUAGCUCAACCUCCGUCGUCUCCUCAAGUUCAAUCACGGACAUUGGUCUGAAAGGCCUCUACGACGAGGACUCACCCCCAGUCGACGACGCCGACCUGUGGCUGUGGAGCUUGCCCGCUGAGCUCUUCAAAUCGCUCCAAGUCGGCACCACGGAAGUACAAAAUGCCAACGACGCCGAGCUCCUCUCAGGCCUCCAAAAAGCCGGCUUCAACCUAGACAUGGGACCAAGCGGAGGCGGCUUCUUCGUCAAGUACUUCCAGCGCGGUGGCGGCUACUACAUCGACGUCGGAUGCAGCCAGCUCAUCAUCGACGGCGAGAUCAAGAUCAAGAGCGGUCAGGAGAUCACAGAGGUUCUCCCCAAUGGUCUCAAGUUCGCGGAUGGUUCGGAGCUUCAGGGCGACGAGAUCAUCUUCGCGACGGGAUACCAGAACAUGCGCACCGAGGCGCGCAACAUCUUUGGCGACGAGCUCGCCGAUCGUGUCGGCGACGUGUGGGGGUGGGACGAGGAGGGCGAGUUCAGGACCAUGUGGCGGCCGACGGGGCACCCUGGCUUCUGGUUCAUGGGCGGCAAUCUCGCAAUUUGUCGUUACUACUCUAAGAUUUUGGCAUUGCAGAUCAAGGCGGUGGAGGAGGGUAUCGAUCAGAACAAGAGCCACACUAAGACUUUAGGAACGACGGGAGGUGUUCCCAAGCUGUGA